CGUCAGGUGACAGAACUGACUUUUGUGUUUGUCCUGCCAAACACGACGGCCUGUAAGCAUCUGUGGAAAAGUGCUCUGGAACAUCACACCUUCUUCCGGUUGGCCGACAAGCCAAAGCCGCCCACCAUACUACAGCGCCUCUUCCGUCUCCGCUCGCGAUUCUACUCCACCUUCCGCACCGAGUACCAGUUGCACACUGGAAACACUUUCGGUAGUCAUGGCUUCCGUCGACGAAACACAUCAACCGGUCUGUCGGGCAAAGGCAGCGCAGCCGGCUUUAAACCGCCCACGGUGUCAACGGUGACAGACAAACCGGAAAAUGUUGCAGUUUCAGGACGCACAACUAACGAACCUGUUGCUGCCGCAACUCUCAGUCGUUCGGUCUCAAGUUUCCAACGGGUACCGAGCAAACGAUACGCUUCACGCACCGGAGCCUCUAUGCGU